AUGCACCGCGCAUUGAUAUCUCGUCGUAUGCGGCCGGUCGUCAAGCUAAACCGCCAUAGCGACACCCCUAUCACACGGUAUACCAUCUAUUCGUUUAUUCCACACGCAAGGAAGAACCGGCCGCGCCCGACUCCGACCCCCGCCGAGAAGACCGCGCUGAGGCGCUUGCCGCUCCAGUGCACCGGGUGCGGAGCUUUUACGCAGACCGCCGACUCCACGCAGGCUGGCUACUUCAACCUCGAGCGCCGGGCUGUACGCGAAUACUUGGGGCUCGUCGAGCCGAGGAAGAAGCGAGCGAGGGAGCAGGCUGAUGUGGCUACGGCGGAGGAUCAGGUCGUAGAGGCUACCCUUGCGAAUCUUGACCCGGCGCAAUUAGAAGCACUUGGACUAUCUAGGGAAGACCUCAUUCCUGAAAGGGCUGAGCCGGAGCCCGAUACUAAAAAUGCCACAGAACCGCCGCCGCCGGUCUGCGAACGGUGUCAAGAUCUGACGCACUAUAGCAAGGGCACACCUAUUCUACAUCCCAGUGUUCACUCGAUCGCUGAAAUCAUUGAAGAAUCGCCUCAUAAAUACAACCACAUCUACCACCUCAUCGAUGCCGCGGAUUUCCCCAUGUCCUUGAUUCCCAGGCUCAACGCACUCGUUGGGGAUGUCAACCUCCGCUCGCAAAACCGACGUUCCCGAAAGGGCAAGUUUUACGGCAACCGCAGGAUCGACAUGAGCUUCAUCAUCACGCGAAGCGACCUCUUGGCCCCUCAGGAGGCCCAGGUCAACGCUCUGAUGCCUUACCUACGAGACGUUCUACGGGACGCGCUUGGCCGCGUGGGUAAGCGGGUCAGGCUCGGCAACGUCGUCUGCGUGAGCGCGAACCGUGGGUGGUGGACGACGAGCUUGAAGAAGCAAAUCUUCGAACGAGGAGGCGCUGGUUGGAUGGUGGGCAAGGCGAACGUUGGCAAGAGCAGCUUGUUCAGCGCCGUCUUUCCCAAGGGCCACAUGCGCAACGACAAGCCGGCCGGGUUACCCCUCGAUAAGACGGCCCUCCGCGAACUCAAGGCGAGCUUAGCGGAUCCCCUCGUCGAACGGCCCGAUGAGCUCGACAUUGGAGAGUGGCUACCACCAGCGAGACCCGAGACUGACUUCCCGGCCAUGCCAACCGUCUCGCAUCUACCAGGCACCACGGCGUCUCCAAUCCGUAUUCCAUUUGGUGGUGGCAAAGGAGAGUUGAUUGACUUACCUGGUAUCGCCCGCAGCGAAAUUGAAGAAUACGUGCAGCCAGAGCACCAUUCGUCUCUCGUCAUGAAGAAGCGCAUCAAGGCGGAGCAGGUGUCGAUCAAGCCUGGCCAGUCCCUGCUGCUUGGUGGCUUCAUUAGGCUCACCCCUAGGACGCCCGACCUGGUAUUCCUAGCCGCAUCCUUCACCCCGCUCGAGGCCCAUGUCACCUCGACGGCCAAAGCCAUCAGCAUCCAGAAGCAAGAGGGAGUCCUCUCUGUGGAGAGCAUCGCGACACCCGAGGCUGGCAGUAAGAUCGAACGUGCGGGCUCGUUCGAGCUAGCCUACGACGUGACCAAGCAGAGAGCCGGCCCGCUGACCCGAAAGGAUGCCUUCAAGUUUAAGCCGGAAGACUUGGCCUUUAGAGUUCUCGCCAUCGACAUCCUCGUCGAGGGCGUCGGUUGGGUGGAGAUUGCCGCCCAGGUCCGCACUAAAGAUUAUCCCUACGAGGGGCGGGAGCGUGAAGCCCCACCAGAGGAGGUGGUGAGCUCCGAGGCUGAGGAGCAGAGCGAGCCAGACCCUUGGGAGGCUCUGGAGCGCGCGACUGACAGCCGAACUAAGAAGCCGCCGCCGCCGCCGCCCGCCGAGCAAGCCACCGAGGAGCCGUCAGACAGGGCUCGUUGGCCCGUCAUCGACGUCUUCACUCCAGAGGGCCGCUUCAUCGGGUCUCGACGCCCCAUGAACGGCUAUCUCCUCAACAAGUCCCGCGCCGCGCCUGCAAAGCACCAGCGGCGAAGCAUGAAGGGUGCGAAGAAGCGAGACAAGAUGGCUGCUCGCGCGGCGCGCGCGUCCGGGCGCGAGUAA